GAUCGGUUUAAUCUCAAUAGUCAACUUGAACAUUUACAAUCAAAAUAUGUUGGAACUGGACAUGCUGACACUAACAAAUUUGAAUGGUUAGUGAAUCAACAUCGUGACAGUUAUGCUUCAUAUAUUGGACAUCAUGCUUUGAUAUCUUACUUUGCUGUAUCACAGAAUGAAUGUCUUGCAAGAGUAAAAUUCGAAUUUGUUGAGAAAAUGUUACAACCAUGUGGAUUACCUGUUCCAAGAGAUGAAUAA